CAAUAUUCAUAAAAGCUUAGUCAUUGCUCAUAAUACUAAUCAAUAGUUUAUCAAUACCGUUAAAAAGUACACAAGUUAAAAUAACGUGAAGCGUGGCAAUCAAUUCUUCUUGCUGCAGAACAACACCAAACCAAAAGAACUGUCUCUCUUGAUAUCGAAAAACCUCGCUAGGUUACAAAUUGGUCAGCACGAGGCUCCGUCAGACUUCCUGGAUUGGACAUGAUGUCUCCCCAAGUGUGAUUUUUACACUUCCUUGUGAACGUGAUAUAACUUUUAUCAAUUGGACUUUUAACCUAGAUACCAUAUAUAAAUUAUAAAGAAGCUUUUGCUGAUCAAUUCGACUUAAGAUUCUGUAGUAUGUGAUUCCGGCAUCUGUAGCGAGUUCUUCAAAUUAGUGGGUGAAUAUUUUCGAUAUUUUGGAAUAAUCCAGACAUGGCGUUACCUUGUGAGAUUGAUACUGAAAUUCAACAGCAAACCUUAUUUGAUGAUUUUACUGUUGAAAAGGAGUCCAGUUUGUCCUUAAGUGCGGGUCCAUCGGAGAUUUUUGAAAGUGCGAAUGAGAUGGAUCAGUCCCAAAUGAAUAUAGCAAAGACCCCCGGUAGAGAAAGAUACAGACAACCACAGAACUGGAAAGUUCAAGAAGCAAAAAGAAAAAGAAAUUCGGGCCAAGAGUAUGUCUCGUACUCUACAAAGAAAACAGUAAAACCUAGAAUAAUAAAAGAAAGUUGUGAAAAGAAAAAUUGUAGAACGAAAUUCUACACAAAAAUUUCGGAAGAUCAAAGAAUUAUUUUUCAAAAAUUUUGGGCUCUGGGUAAUCAAAACAGGCACAUGGACUUUUUAGCAAAACAUGUAACGAGAGAACAAAAAAAAGUAGAGACUAUUAGAAAUACAAAUUCUCGGCGUCAGUUUACAAUGAAAUAAAUAUUUCUUAACAUUUGGAGAAUCGAGCGUUAAAGUUUGCACACAAUUUUUUUUCAACACCCUUGACAUUAGUGACAUUUGAGUACAAACUGUCAUGGCCAAACUUGAAAAAAAUGAAUUUGGAAUAGGAAGUCCAGACAAUAGAGGCAAAUUUACUAGUAAAGAUCCGAAAGUAGAAAGAAAUAGAAAAUUUAUAAGAGAACAUAUAGACUCUCUGCCCACAACUGAGUCCCACUACAUUCGUAAGGACUCAAAACGUCAAUACCUACAAGUUGAUAUCCAGUCUUUAGCCCAAAUGUAUAGAUUGUGCAUUGACUGGGCCAGAGAUAAAAAAUUCCUAUUGCUACUUGCAGGCAGUAUAGAUGUUUUUGAACAUGACUUUAACAUAGGAUUCUUUGUACCUAAAAAAGAUCAAUGUGACAUAUGUGACAAAUUUUUAUUGGCAGAUAGUAACAAAGCAGAAGAAUUAGAGACAAAUUAAAAGACAACGACCAGCAGCAUGCAAAAGGGGACAAAUCAUUCAACGUGACUUCUUACGAUUUACAGAAGAUUUUAGUAACCCCCUACAAAGAUGUCAGUAUUUUUUAUAAACUAAAAUAUAGCACUUACAAUUUAACCCUAUUUGACAUAGGUAAUAAUCAGGGGCAUUGUUACAUCUGGCACGAAACAAUUGCAAAGCUGGGAGCGAACGAAAUUGGAAGUUUUGUACUGGAUUAUAUAAAACACAAAAUUCAAGAUGGAGUUAAUACGUUUGUAUUCUACACAGACAAUUGCGCCGGACAAAAUCGAAAUCGUUUUGUUUAUGCAAUGUAUGUAUAUGCUGCGGAAAAAUAUAAAGUUUCUAUAAUCCACCGUUUUUUAGAAAAAGGGCCGACCCAAAAUGAGGGACACAGUGUACAUGCAUUAAUAGAGCGACAAAAAAAGGUAUAGUCGUAUUAUAUACUCCUGACCAAUGGAUUAUGCUUAUAUGGCAAAGGCCACUGGAGAACCUUAUAACGUAAUAGAAGUUAACCAAGAUAUUGUAUAUGAUUUGAAACAGUUAGUAACAAAUGAUAGAAAUUGGAAGACUGAUGAAAGCGGAAAAAGCGUUAGAUGGAAUGAUGUAAGGGAAAUAUAAGUCUCUAGUGAAAAACCGUUAAAAAUAAAAAUAAAAUAUGACUUUAUAGAUGAAAAUGAAAAAUGUAUUUUAGACUUAAACAAGAGAAGCAAUACAAGAAUAAAGAAGCUUUUAAUAUGUCGACCUAAAAAUUUAGUCAAAGCCUCUAAAAACUUGAUUCCCAAUUCAAAAAAAAAAUAUGAUCACUUGCAAUACCUAUGCAAGCACGGAGUUCCUGAAAUGUAUCAAAACUUUUACAAAAAUCUUCCCCAUCAAAUACAUAUCCAAGAAGAUGUAGAUGAUGAAGAAAACUAAUUACGUUUACAUUGUAAUGUACAUAUUUCUUUUCCAAAAUCAGUUUUUUAUGUUUUUAAACAAUAGUUUUUUUACCUUCAAAUCUUAAAGUAAUCAAAAUAAUGAAUAACUAUUGUCAAAUUUAUCUUUGUCUUUUUUUGUGUAUCUUUAGAUACGAUGUUAGUGACUUCAGAAAUAGCAAGUAGUUGCAUCGUAUCUUCACAUACGAUAUAAGUAAUUUAAAAAAGAGAAACUGUUAUAUUGUAUCUCUUGAUAAGAUAUGAGCUGCUUCAAAAUAAGUAAAUAUUUACAUCGUAUGUUUUUUUAAGGUAAAAUUUACAAAUAUUUAUGUAUUUUCUUAAUUUCUUAAUUAAUAGACAUAUAGAGACGAAUCCCCUUUUAGCUCUAGCCAAAAUUUACGUUUAAAUCAAUAAAAACUUAGUUUGUAUCGAUGAAAAACCUAAAAAACUUUGAACUCGUUUUCUGAAAAGUUGUGAUUUAUGAGUUACGAUGUUCUUAUUUGCGAGCGUCGAUAUGUACAUACAUGUACAAUAACAAAACCGUGAUAUUAUAAAAAGUACUUUUUAUUAGAGUGUAAUUUUUAGAUUUUUAAGCAUUUUAUCGUUAAAUCGUUUAUCGUUAAAUUAUUUUAUAUUCUUUCCUAUAAAUAAUAAAAAGGUUUUAUUAUAAAAUAGUUCUUUUUUAUAAAAGUGUAAUUAUUAUAACAGUAGCAAUGAUGUCAACAUUAUAGAAUCUUGAAAAUACCUUGGACAACCCACACCAUCAACGAAAACGUUCUGAGGAGAAUAGGUAUAGAAAGGGAGCUGCUUAAAAUCAAAGCUGCAUCAAAGUUAGAAAAGUUUGCUACCUGGUGACACAUAAUGAGAAACAAAAAGUACCGCCUCGCGCAAAUGAUCAUCCAGGGCAAGUUUGAAGGAAAACGGGGUCCCGGUAGGCGCCAGAUUUCAUGGCUUAGAAAUAUCAGACUGGAACGUCCUUGAUUCGACAUCUUUGUUUAGAGCCGCAUUGGACAGAGACAGAUUUGCCAGUGUAGUCGCUAACUAAAACUAAAGGAGACCAGAGCCGGAUUU